GCCCGCCGCGCUCCCGCCGCGGGGCAGCGCGCAGCAUGGCCGCGCUGCGCAGAGCCCCGGCCCCAGCCCCAGCGCCGGCCCCGGCCCGCCCCUCCGCUCCCCGCCGCUCCGCGCCCGCCCCGGGCCGCGCAUAAAAGGGGCCCCGCGGCCGCUCGCCCGCCCCCGCCCGUCGCUCGGCUGCGCUCGGCUCCGCGCCGCCGGGCGCCCCGGCCAUGGCCAAGGACCAGCUGAAGCCGCGGCUGUGCCGCAUGCUGAAGGGGGAGAGCGGCUACGGCUUCCACCUGCACGGCGAGAAGGGCAAAAGCGGGCAGUUCAUCCGCAAAGUGGAGCCGGGCUCGCCGGCCGAGGCGGCGGGGCUGCGCGCCGGGGACCGCGUCGUCGAGGUGAACGGCAUGAACGUGGAGCAGGAGACGCAUCACCAGGUUGUGCAGCGUAUCAAAGCUGUGGAGACGGAGACGCGCUUGCUUGUGGUGGACAAGGAAACGGAUGAGUACCUGUGCAGCCUGCGCCUGACGUGCACGGAGGAGAUGGUGCACAGCGGGAUCCUGCUGAACUCCAGCGUCUCGCCCACCAAGUCAGUGAGCAGUGACAACGGGGAGGUCUGGAAGCCGCAGCUGGAUCUGAGUGGGGGCAGCCUCCAGCGGCACUCACAUAGUUUCUCCUCGCACAGCAGCAGGAAGGAUUUAAACGGACAGAAGGAGCUGUGCCCACGUCUCUGCCACCUGAAGAAAGGCCCCAGUGGCUACGGCUUCAACCUGCACAGUGAGAAGUCCCGGCCGGGGCAGUUCAUCCGCUCGGUCGACCCCGACUCUCCGGCCUCCAGAGCGGGGCUGCGGCCCCAGGACCGGCUGGUGGAGGUGAACGGGAUAAACGUGGAGGGCCUGCGGCACUCUGAGGUGGUAUCCCACAUCAAGUCCAGGGAGAGCGAAGCCAGGCUGCUGGUGGUGGACCCUGAAACAGAUGAAUACUUCAAGAAGCUGGGGGUGACCCCCACGGAGGAGCACACCAAAGGUGUGGUACCUCAGCCCCUGACAAACGGGUCCGCACAGACUCAGCUGAAUGGAGGAUCCACAUCUUCAUCUCACAGUGACCUUCAGAGUCCUGGGAAGGAAUCAGAGGAUGGAGACAUGGAGAAGAAAGACCCGUUUGAGGAGAGCGGGCUGAACCUGAGCCCGACGGCUGCCGAGGCCAAGGAGAAGGUGCGGGCCAAGCGGGUGAAGAAGAGGGCCCCGCAGAUGGACUGGAACAAGAAGCGAGAGAUUUUCAGCAAUUUCUGAGCCUGGCUGGUGGCUGCCGUCCGCCGCUCUCCUGCCCCUGCCCCAGCUCGGACGUUUCUGAGGUGCCUACGCCCUGUCCUUCAGAGUCCACGUGAGAUGCUUUGUGCUCUGCUCUUCACUGGUUGCUUUUACAAGGCAUAUUUUAAAGUCCUUUUUUAAAGAUUUUUUUAUUGUUAUUAUUAUUAUUGUUACUCACCAGCGAUUCUUUAUAAGACCAACGUGACCAAAGCUCAUUUUCUUGCUUGCUCUCCAGCCUGGCUCUGGCUGCCCUGCCGUCCCCUGUUCCUGUGAGAAAGGACUGGAAGAGUUGUAACUCGUUUCUUACCCGCAUCAUUUAGGCUUCUGUUACUGUUUAAAAUAUUUGGGCUGAUUGUUUUGGUUGUAUGAGUGUCCCAGACUGAGCCCCGUGGGAUGCUCUAUUGCCCCUCUGCCGUGGUGGGGGUCUGCAGGGUGGGUGUACCUGGAACACCCUCCCCAGCACCCCGUCUGCAGCGUUAGCUACCCACAUGAUGGGAAAAUGGACAGUGGCUGUAAAUCGCUCGUGUUGGCUUUGCUAUUGAAACAAAAAAGAGUUUAUUUUGUUGUUUUGGUUUUUUUUUAAUGAAGUCCCAUGUAUUUCCAGCUAGUUUGUGAACCUCCCUCCUCACCAGCAAAUUCUGCCCUGGCAGUAAAAGCCUCUUUUUCAUCCCCAGCAGCUCUUUCUUUUUAAAACCAAACCGCAAACCCAGCAGCCUCAAUGCCCCAGGCCUCACCACUUGUAGCUGCUGGCACAACACUAAAUGUCAGGAGAAGGCUGGGAGCAGGGCCAGCACCUGCCCCACGGUGAGAGGAGUGGUGCUGCCAGCCUGGCUCCUGGAGCUUUGCAAGAAGACAAGAGCCAUCAGAUGCUACGAAAAACCUUUUUGGACUGUAACAUGAGCACAGCCAGGCAUCUGCAUCCAGGGAGGAAGGUGAGGGUCUGGCUGUAGCUGCAGGCUUGGCACCAGGGAAGUGGGGCUCAGUCCUGGCCAUGCCUAGGUGCUGGGUCCUGGAGCAGGGUCUGGGUCCCGCAUGGGUUGCUACUCCUGGGCUGGUACGUGAUGCCUUCGGCCCGUGAGCAUCAUUGAGUCUGUCCCACCUCACUCUCGAGGGUGUUCUCCGGAGCUGUGGUGUCUCCAUGGGGCUGGCUAUGAAGCAGACAGCGGCGUUGUGGAGUGCACAGUUGCUGUGGCUUUCUGUGGCCUCCUUUGAAAACAGCCAGCUCUUGGUAUCAGAGCCUCAAGAAAUGUAUCUUUAAAGCAUUACAAAUUAAGCCCAUUUAAGCUCUUUAUUACUUGCCUUUGGCUGCAAUUGAGGGUAGGUGACUAAGCAGAACUACAAUACUCUCGAGAGGUUGCAGAGGUGUUUUACCAGGGCGGGGGCCCAGCUGUGAUGGGACUGGCCCCCCUCCCUCAGCUCCCUGAGCAAAGCCAUGGCAGCUGUCCACUAUUUCAGCUCAAAUGCCAUGGCAGCAUGGGAAGGGACCAGGCACAGCAGGACAGGCGAGUACAAAAACGCUUUUCUGCAGGUAAAAGCAAGUGGCAGCGAUCACUUAGACAGCAAUGGCCAUGUUAAACACAGGGCUCUGGUCUGUGCUGUGUUUCUCCAGCCCUGCUGUGUUAGAAGCCUCCAGCCUCCAGGUUAGUCAGUGUGCUGCAGGUAUCAUAACGGCCCUGUGAGGGGUUUGAUUGAGCUAAAGGUGCCUUACAACAUGUACUGCUCUCAUGUACUGGGAGAUCACGGCAGCAGAUCACUGCAGGGAUGGGGCCUUUGGCUUCAGUGUGGCAAGCUGCUGAUGCCCAGGGCUGUUAGCCAGCUGGCAGGAGAGCAUGGAAAGCCUCAGGGGUGGAGAGGAGUUCUCUUGUAUGAAAGUUACCUUGUAGGAAUGCUGAUGGGCUGAACAGGUCUAAAAUAAUGACUGGAGAGGAACCAGUGUGGGUGUGUGGAUAUCAGCGAGGAGACUGGCAGCGGGAUGACAGCUCGGGAUGCAGAGCGGUUUGCCUCCCCUCCAGGCCUCUGCCAUUAACGAGACAUCUCUUCCCUGUCCCACUUCAAAGACAAUUACCUGCUCUCUUUUUAGCCCUCAAAAUAUUUGCUUCUGUAAAUGAGUAACCUUUCGAAGGAGCCCUUCUUUUUCACGGUAUGCACGUUGCUUCCAGAGCCCGGGCAGUGCCCCAGCUUGCGUGGGGCAGAGCAUUCCCCACCGCACCGACCUCGGCGUCGCGCGCUCCGAUGCAUGUCGCAGAGCACAGCCCUGUCUGUAAAUACUGCAUUCCUCACACAAGGCUGGGCUGUUGUACUCGAGGGGGGCAGGGGGGGAAAGGAGAACAUCUAGUUUUGAAUGCAGAUCAAAAGAAAAUCAGGUGUGCAAAGCUGUACUGAUAAGAUUUUAAAAUCUUAAUCUCUGCUUAGUCCAUGGAAACCGCUCCUGGUUAAAGCACUUAUCGUGUUUCUGACAUCUUGUAGCUCAGUAGUAACUAUUCAGUUCCUGUACAUUUAACUUGGGGGAAAAAAAUCAAUACAGUAUAAGGCUGUCAGCUGCAUUGUAAAAACAUAAUGUACAAGGUAAUGUCAGUAAUAAACUUCAUUUUCCCACGUACCAAGAA